CACAAUGGAGAACUCUGACUGGCCGAUGUUUCGGGAGCGGAGCGGUGAUUGGACCGAAGGCUCCCAGCCUGGAGAAGUCACUGAUGGUAUCCAUGGCGGAAGGCUAAGACAUGGAUGACCUGAACCUUCACUACAGAUUCCUGAACUGGAGGCGGAGAAUUCGAGAGAUCCGCGAGGUGCGGGCAGUACGUUACCAGGAGAGGGCCAAGCAUAUUAUGGUAGACGGGGAUACCCUCAGUUACCACGGUAACUCGGGGGAGGUUGGCUGCUACGUUGCUCCACGACCACUAAGUAAGGACAAUAAUUACUUUGAGGUGUCUAUUGUUGACCGUGGAGUUCGGGGGACAAUCGCUGUUGGACUAGUGCCACAGUAUUACAGUCUGGACCACCAGCCAGGAUGGCUGCCGGAUUCCGUGGCCUACCACGCGGAUGAUGGCAAGUUGUAUAACGGGCGAACAAAAGGCCGGCAGUUUGGAACAAAGUGCAGUUCAGGGGACCGGAUUGGUUGUGGUAUAGAACCCAGCUCUUUCCAUGUCCAAACUGCUCAGAUUUUCUUCACGAAGAAUGGGAAAAGGGUUGGCAGCACUGUGAUGCCAUUAUCUCCUGAUGGUCUUUUCCCAGCAGUGGGCAUGCACUCUCUAGGGGAGGAAGUUCGUCUUCAUCUAAACGCAGAGCUUAGCGAGGACGAUGACAGCCUCAUGAUGGUGGACAGUUACGAGGAUGAAUGGGGCAGGCUUCAUGAUGUUAGAGUAUCUGGCACUGUCUUGGAGUAUGUUGGAAAGGGUAAGAGUAUUAUAGAUGUGGGUCUGGCACAGGCUCGGCGCUCUCUUAGCACUCGCAGUCAUUACUUUGAAGUGGAGAUUGUGGACCCAGGAGAAAAGUGUUACAUAGCUUUGGGGCUUGCAAGAAAGGAUUACCCAAAGAACAGACAUCCGGGCUGGAGUCGGGGUUCUGUGGCUUAUCAUGCAGAUGAUGGGAAAAUAUUUCAUGGAAGUGGCGUUGGUGAUCCAUUUGGGCCUCGUUGUUACAAGGGUGAUAUCAUGGGAUGUGGAAUUAUGUUUCCAAGGGAUUAUAUCCUGGACAGUGAAGGUGAAAGUGAUGACAGUAGCGACAUGAAGGAACUGAGGCUGCAGCCACGUGGAGUUCGGAAUGUCAUGUAUCUCUGGAGAGAACAACAGCAGGAAGAGGACGGGGAAGAAGAGGAGGAGGAGGAAGAGGAGGACAUUGAGAGGGAUCAUGAGGGCAGGAAAGUGGUGGUUUUCUUCACAAGAAAUGGAAAGAUUAUCGGCAAAAAGGAGUCCAUUUUGCCUCAGGGCGGCUUCUAUCCAACCAUAGGAAUGCUGAGCAGUGGGGAGAAGGUGAAAGUGGAUCUGCACCCACUGAGUGGGUGACCGGGUGACCAAGUGACCUCCGUGGGAGAACACGCUGCAUUCUUCAGUCAUCUUCCCCUUCUACCAACCAUCUGGUCAUGCAAGAUUUGCACGUGGGCUUGUGAUAGUGCUUCUUCGUAUCUGGAAAUGUGUUUCAGUGGCCCUUGCCUGUGAUUGUUGGCUCUACGACUUUUACGUUUUUGGCAUAGCAGGAGAUGUGAUGGGACAGGAAACAAGAGUGAAUGUAAGGGAACCAGAUGUUUUAUCACUAAUAGAAAAAAUGGCUUCCUGUUCCAAAGUAGGAAGACUACCAGCUACGAGAUGAAUGUAGAUUUGCCCGAUCCCUAGUUUCUUGAAUAUCUGGCAUUCUGAGUUAUGGCAUUUGGCAGUUAAUGUGGAACUGCAAGCAAAAUGUCUCAAAGUACUUGGUUCAAAAGGAAAUUCUUUACCAGGUGAAAAAAGUAAAAUAUAUUUUCAACUGCAUAUUUAAUGGUCUGCCUGCAGUUCAGCUGUAAGCUUGACCCAGUCGGUUGAAAGAUUGGUCCGCCCUAAACUGAUAGUUCAGUAUUUGCUGAAGUCAAGUGGGCUGUGCCAUUGGCCAGCUUGCCCUAUCACUGGGGACUUCUAUGCGGAUAUAGACCUGGGCUCUGUGCUCACCCACCUUCACCUGCCACGUCUUCUAUUGCUGUCAUGUUCCUAAAUUCGAUUUGCAUUCUUCACAAUAAAUUGGAACUCAGCAGGGA